CAGAAGCAGUCACUCGUUGUAAGAAAAUGAUUGAAGAAAAACUUAAUUCUGUUAUGAAUGCUAUAAAAAGCGGAAAAAAACAGUUAGACUCCUGUAAACUAAACGAGAAGAGAGCCAAAGAAAAGAAAGCUGCUGUACACGAACAGAUUCAAGUCCGGUAUGACGUCAUUGUCGCCAUGGCAGCAAAAUGUCGCGAUGAAGCGCUGCAAGAACUUCAGACAACUUGUGAGGAUGUGGAGAAAGGUCUGAGCGCUGACACACAGCGAGUACAAGAUGAGCUCAACUCUCUCCUCCAACUUCAGGACCUCGCUCAACGGGUGCUGAGCUCGGCCUGUGACACGGAGGUCCUGCAGGUGGAGAGAGAGAUGAGAGGUAGAGAAAUAAGCGACACUCCACUUGUGCUAUCUGACCAGAUUUACCACCCUGUACUCCACGGUGACUUCUAUAACUACAUUGAAGACCACUACAUGAAAACGUUUAUCGGGUCACCAGUCAAACAGAGUUUCCAAAGCAAGAAAACCGCAGACAUCAAUCGAGUGGGUCGAUGUGGCGAUGGAGGAUGUCGGGAAGUGCAUUCUCUGAGGCAGAGGGAGGACGGACGUAUCGAUGUAUAUUAUGGGAGAACUGGAGGCGACUACACCAAAGAGAAAGGCGUCAAUUUUUUCUCUGACGGUUCCAGAGGAACUGAGACAGAAUACGGAAUGCGGAUAUCAGGCGUUACACGUAGGACUAACUACUGGUCAUGGAAAGAUUCAACAUCGUGUGACCUUGGUUCUAAGAACAACAGUAUGCAUUCUUUAAAGCAGAACUUCACAACAGGUGUAUCUUAUGUAUGCUCAAUGAAGUGGGAACAAAAAGAUGGAAAAGAAACUUGCUCUGAGGGUCCUACUUUAAGUCGACCAAAGGUGAACAGAGCACAGAACUUUGAUUCAAACGAGCACGGGACGCUAUUUGCUGUAGUAGAGGAAGAGAAAGAGAAAAACUCAGAUAAUAAAUCAGUUAAGACAAACAACAGUAAAGCGGACAGCCGGCGUUCCCGUGUUGUAAGUCUGUAUUCUAUAAGAUGUAACGACCCCAUAGCGACCUACACGUCACCAAUACAACCCUUCCUCCCAACAGACGUCUGCUUUUGUGGCGACGAUUUACUGCUGAUCUCUGACUGGAUGAACGACUGUGUGCACGUGACAAGAGUAUCAGACCGUGGCAUCGUUUUCGACAGUUACCUGCCCGGCAGUGGUGACAUGGUGCGGCCCACUGCUCUGAACCUUGACCUUAACGGUCAGCUUCUGAUUGGAUGUGGUGAUGGCUGGGUCCUUAAGUUACAUGUGAAUUGGGACGUUUGGGAGCGACUCCAAUGUGUCACAUUUUGA